AUGCAGGCCACUUCCCGCCUCCUACAGUCCGCUCGCAUCACCCUCUUCACCCGCGCAAACUGUGGGCUUUGCGACUCAGCCAAGUCAGUCCUCUCCAGACUCCAAACCACCCGCCCCUUCGCCUACCGCGAGGUCGACAUCAUCAAGCCCGAGGCCCAAGCAUGGAGGGACCUUUACGAUUUCGAUGUCCCAGUGAUUCAUAUUAGCAAGAGCUCUGCGCCUCAGGAAGACCCAACGCUCGCGUCCAAGGCGGCGAAGCUCAUGCACCGGUUCACCGAAGAGGAGGUUGCGGCAAAGAUGAGGACCGUCGAAGAGUCAAGUUGA